AUGCAGAUUCUAAGACCCGUCGUUGCGCAGUGUUACUGUGGAGGGAGAUCGAUUUGCAAUGGCCAGUCUCGCGAUUUCUCCUCACUACCUAUUAAUAACAAUGGUACAAAGUCGAUGGGAGCAAGAGUGAAACUAGUUGUUUCGGGUGCAGUAUUGUCUGUGUGGGUUGGAUUUGAUGCUCUUGCAUCCAAGAGGAGAAAGGAAAUGAAGAAGAUGCUGCAAGACUACGAGACAGCUAAAAGUAAAAACAAAUAA